GCUGAGAGCUCUGUUUGGGUUUUCGAACUGUUUGGAGUGCUCAAUCAAUCUAUAGGUGUUCUGUUGUGAUUGCCGCUCACAUCAGGUUUUCAGUUGCGACUAGCCGGUGGAAUUACAAGGUGUUGUGAAAAGUUUCUUAUCAGUUGCCAACUAAGAUGAAUUUCAACCGCGAUGAGCUAGAAGCGCCCGAGUGGAUAAAUCCGGACUUUCUAAAAGAAGUUCUGGAAUUCAACGGAGAAUUGACUAGUGUUACGAUUCAUGAUUACAAAACUUCCCCAGCUACAGUCGUCGGCGAACACUUCGCCAGUAUCAUGUUUCGGGCGAACAUAAGAUACUCAACAGCAACUAGCGAAAAUCAACAAUGCUCUGUGAUUAUCAAAGGCAUGCCAGUCGCAGAAGGACUAAAGAAGGAUUUUAUAGCACAAGAUACUUUGGACUUUUUUGGAACUGAGAUUUUCAUGUAUUCAAAAGUACUCAACGAUUGCCAAGAAAUUUUGAAAAGUGCAGGCUACCCUGAAACAUUAGUAGCAAAGAUUCUCUACUAUUCAUCGGAACCCAGAAAAGUCUUAGUUUUUGAGGAUUUAAGAGAGCUUGGAUACUCCUUGCUGCCGAGGGUGCUUCCGAACGACCAGGAUGCUGAAAUGAUUUUCUCUAAAUUGGGACAGUACCAUGCUGCCGUAUUUAAGAUGGAAAAUGAAGGUCGAAAGGAUUUGAGAGUAAAAGGGACAUUUUUGUAUCUACCAAACGUAGGGGACUUUCCAAUAUUUCGCCACGGAAUAUCUUUUCUGCAUGAAACUGUUCAAACCCUGCCUGGCUUCGAGGAAAUCGCAGAUAAGCUGGGAAAAAUUACUUCUGAUAUGUUAUUGAAGAAAUGUAAAGAAUCUAUAUUCACACCAGGAGCAUACAACGUGCUGAAUCAUGGAGAUUACAGUAUCAAAAAUUUAAUGUACAAAACUGAUGACAAAGACGUCGUUACUCAGGCUGUUUUGAUUGACUUUCAAAUAUGCCAUUGGGGAUCACCAGCAUACGAUUUAUAUUUCAUGGCAUCCCUCAUUCCAUACAAAAGGCGUGAGAAACUUUUCAAAUUAUACUUCGACACAUUCAUUGACGUUCUGGUUAAAUCUGGAUAUAGGGGAACAUUACCAACGUACGACCUAUUGCAGCAGGAGCUCAAAUCAAAUCAACAUCUUGAUCUCUGCUUUUUGGCUACUCUUACAGCUUUUAUGACCACAGAUAAGAACGAAAUUAAAGAGCAGAUGGAAGAGGUUAUGCAAAGUGAGGAAUUACUGCGAAAAUAUUACAAAACGCCGCAAUAUAUUUCAUUUAUAAAAGAAUCAUUACCAAUUUUGUUGAAAGAGGGUGUCUUAGAUAAAAUAAUAUCUGCAAGUUGAUUAAAGACAA